AACGGAAGCAGAGCUUGCCAGAUCAGCAGAAAGAAAAAAACCACCACGGAAAAGCGCAGUUGCUUCGCCCGAGACCCCACAAACCACUCCAAAAUCUUCUCGUUCAUCAAGAAGGACCAGCAAAGGCAAACUUAAAGCUGCUGUAAAUGAACCUGAAGUCGUAUCUGAGGAAUCAACAGACAUAGAUUCAAGAACAUUAAAAGUUAGAUCAAUUGCACCAGAGGUAGUACCAGAUCUAACACCUAAAACAAAUGAUAAAGGACGAUUAUAUCCAGAGCUUUCAGUUUCAAAACGUGUCAAAGAAGAUAAUUCUACUAGUCGACGUGAAGCAGUGGCAUAUGCAUUUAGAAAUCCUAAUUAUAUGCCAACGCGACAAAUUAAUCGUCAACCAUCACCCGAAUUAAUAAAAUCACAAACAAAACCACGCGGAGUGAAAACUGCACUUAUGUUAUUUUUUGUAAUUUUGAUGAUUGGUGCUUACGCACAAAUCAAAAUGGAAAUUGGCUUUUGUGAUGGACCUUCGAAUGCAGUAGGCGGUGGAAGCACCGAGAGUGAAAAGGGUAAGAUCACCUCGUGUGAUGAAGGUUUCGUAAUCAAAUCUUCAUCAAUUCAUUGGCUCAAACCUUUCACCAGCAGAUGUAUACUUGAUUUAGACUGGGAGUAUAAGAUUACAAAGUAUACCGAGCUGUUUAAAAAAAUAUCUGCCGAAGAAACUGGAAAGGUUGAGUGCGGAAAUGGCGAUCGAGAAGGAUUAUUAUUUCAAAAUCUUAUUAUAUUACUUCGUCAAAAGAAAUUACCAUCACAGGACACAGAAGAGAAUUUUAAAAAAUUGGCACAAACUGCAUUUAAAAACUUAACGGACCCUAAGCAUAAUGAUGUUGAAAUAGUUGAUGAAAGAGAGUAUGAGUUACAAUCAACUCAAAUCCUAUGUUAUCUCGAAGAAGCCAAAACACAAUCUUCUUU